CUGACUCGUUCCCUGGGAUCGUCCCCGCGCCUCCCUCGACUUCGCAUAAAAAGAGAUGGCCAGGACCCCUCUCUCCAAUGGUCUUCCAUGUUCCACUGCAUCCUGUUCUUCUUCUUCUUCUUCUUCUUCUUCUUCUUCUUCUUCGUCUUGUGCCGCCAUCCCUCAAUGGGACUACGACGUCUUCCUCUGCUUCCGAGGCGAGGACACCUGCGCCGGCUUCGUCAGCCACCUCCACACCGCCCUCCGCCGGAGCGGAGUCUGCGUUUUUAUUGACGACGAGCUCCAGCGGGGAGAGAGGAUCUCCCUCUCCCUCGAGCGGGCCAUCGAGAGCUCCAGGAUCGCCAUCGUCGUCUUCUCCCCCAACUUCGCUGCCUCCACCUGGUGGUUGCAGGAGCUGACCAAGAUUCUCGAGAUGCAUGACUCGAGAGGGCAACUUGUCCGGCCGGUGUUCCUCUACGUUGACCCGAGGGAUGUGCGGAAGCAGACCAGAGUCUUCGCGGAGUUCAUGGCGAGGCAUGAGAAGGUUUUUGGUGGUGUUGGUGAUGGUGAUGGUUCGGGGAGAGUGAAGAAGUGGAGAGACGCGCUCCGCGAAGCGGCUAAUUUGUCUGGAUGGCAUUUAAGCAACAGAAAAUUGUUGAAGAAGUGUCAAGCAAGCUGCAUCGCCCGUACUUGGAUGCUGCAAAGCAUCCGGUUGCUCUUGACAAACACAUACAGGCUGUACGAAGGUUAUUGCAUACAGAGGAUGAUGGCGUUCACGUGGUGGUUAUAUGUGGGAUUGGCGAAAUAGGCAAGACGACUAUUGCCAAAGCUAUAUACAAUAUGAUUGCUGAUCAAUUUGAAGGUAGUAGUUUUCUGGCAAAUGUUAAAGAAACGUCUGGGCAGUAUGGCCUAGAUAAACUGCAAAGAGACUCUUCUUCGUGACAUUUUGGGGGAUAAAACUAUAGAGGUUGGCUACAUUCAGACAGGUGUAGAUUUGAUCAGGC